AUUUCAGUGGUUUUCAUAGUCAUAUGUUUUCUGUCAUGAAAGAAUUGCUGUCAAAUUUAGUGUCAUUUGUGAAUAUUCGUUUCGAACUUUUGACACUGAUCGACAAGUGGAACGUAACCUGUUUCAAAUCAUUUAUAAACUUAUUCCUUCACAUGUGCAGGUUACAAUAAACUGUACGAUUUUUAACGAUACGUUUCAUGCGUAAAACACGUUGCAAACCUUCUAAAUUGAAACUUAUGUGGAUAUUAUGGCUCUAUGAAUUACUUCAGCACUGGGAUUAACCCAAAAGGUGUUACAUUACUGACAGACAUAGAAGAAAGAAGUAUUGCACAAAGGACUUUCUGACAAGGAAAUACUCUUUAAAAUAUUAGAAACAUUGCCUAUCAAGAGAUAAAUAAAUAUUUACAUAGCAUCUGUAAUAAACUUUGUUAUCAAUAUGAACAGAAAAGCAAACAGUGCUACAGCAAUAUUAAAACAGGAUUAUCUGCGUCUGAAGAAGGACCCUGUACCCUAUGUCCUUGCAGAACCAGUACCUUCCAAUAUAUUAGAAUGGCACUAUGUAGUGAAAGGUCCAGAGGGAACUCCGUACGAAGGAGGAUUUUAUCAUGGGAAGCUUAUAUUUCCUGGAGAAUUUCCAUUUCAGCCUCCUAGCAUUUAUAUGCGUACACCAAAUGGUCGAUUUAAAGUUAAUACUAAAUUAUGCUUAUCUAUUUCUGACUUUCAUCCGGAUACAUGGAAUCCAGCAUGGAGUGUAUCUACUAUACUUAUUGGACUGCUAAGUUUCAUGGUUGAAAAAAGUCCUACUCUGGGUAGUAUUAACACAACAGAUUAUGAAAAAAAACAAUUGGCUGUCCAGAGUUUGGCAUAUAAUUUAAAGGACAAGAUGUUUUGCGAGCUCUUUCCAGAAACCGUUGAGGUUAUAAGAGCAGAGUUAGAACGUAGAAAAGAGUUGGAAAAACAGGCGAGAAAUCACUGUAAUAUACCUAAUGGUUCAUCUUUGUCACAAAAUCACUUUCAAACAGAUCAAAGCCCAUUGAACAGAGUGUUAACUAAUCUCGUUGUUAUUGUCGGCUUUGCGGCAUUUGUUUAUAUAGUGAAACACGUUUUGACGAGCAUCGCUAUGGAAUAAGCUAAAAGUGAACGCAAUGCAGUCAUCUCUGAUUUUUAGGUAAAAUAAGAAAGAAGAAGAAGUUGUGAUAACAGUGCGUGCAGAUCUUGAGUAAAGAUCUUAAGAAUGUGAUCGAGGUAUAAACUUCUAGAGUUCAACAUGCCUGUUCAUCUACUUAUCUACAUGGUACUAUGCAACCUUUCGGUUUUGACUAUGCUAGUAUACUGUGGAUGUUUGGUAGAUUUUCAUGAAGGUUAAUUGUAAAAUACAAGUUGUACUAUAUUUGCAAAUUUUAAACACGAUAACAGCAAGUCAAACGUAAAAAUUUAUUGGAUUUUCAUCCAAAUGUUUAGUAUUGGAAACAAAGCGUCGUAUGGUUUUAUUUGUUUCUGAGAAUUUAACACCGUUAUCGAUUCAGAUUCUUUCAAUCAAUAUCAUUAACUCAAGUUGAAUUCUGUUACGCGAACUUCCAAAGCAUAGUUCUUGGACCACCUAUACUUAGCAAUUAUUUGAUAAAUUAUGUACAAGAGCAAAAGCGAAAACAAGGAAAAAGAGUGAGAGAGUGAGAAUAAUAAGAUCGUAGGGGCUUCCCGCGUUACAAUCGUUGACCCAAAUCAAUGAACAUCAAAUAAUUUUGAUAUAGCUUUCGUACUUCCAUUUCCAAUUCAUUUGUGUACUUAUGAUAAGUUUCGCCCCAUGAUAUAUUAUAGCCUUAUAAAAGAAGAAAUAAUUGCACAAACUUACGUUAAUAAAAUAGCUGAUGUUUGUCUUUGCGAUGUGCCAAUGAAACUAAGUCAAAAUUUUUAACUGAAUUGGACUGAGCUUAAUGAAAUAGCUUAUAUCACGAGUGAAAAAUGUUGAUCUUGUAAAUAUGUGUAACAGGUUAGUAAGAAAUACAUAACUGAUGAAUACGAACUUAUCUUAAAUCUGGAGAUCAGUGUCAGUAUUUAUUCUUUAUCCGGAUAGUACUGCUAAAAAAUCAAUUUUCAAAAAAUAAGCACGUAAUCUUGCUUUUCUGAAUGUACAAUGUAUGUAUAUCACGUGUGCUCGCUAAAGGUAUAAGAACGGAUUCUAAUUUAAUUUAAACUUAUAGAUUAACAACGUAACAUUAUACAAAAUAAUUAACAAUCAAUGUGUACCAAGAACACUAACGAGAACUGAAAUAGGAUCUGUAAGUCGAUAUUUAUGUUACAUAAAACUGCCUCAAUUUUAUUUAUGAAUUAAACAAUGUAACAAUUUCGUACAUAAGAAAAUGCGUCAAUUUUUUUUCUUUGUUACAUAUCUUACAUCGUUUAUUCAUUACUCGAACAAUUAAAUAGGGUGUACGAUAUAAUAAAAAAAAAAGCAUAGAAUUAACACGAAAGCUAAAAUUAGAAAAUUUGGUGCGCUCGUCGUUUAGUUUAACUGUGCCAUCGUUUAUUAUGAUUCGUUCGAAACAAAAGUUAUUGCGGAUGUUACGUUACUUUUGCAAGAAAUGAACGUAUUCGCAUUAAUUACAACAUUAA